AUGAAUAUAAGGCGAGAAGGGCCAGGAUGGAAUGAGCAGCAGUGGAGAGCACCACAGCAGAUGCAAGCACAACAAGGGAUUCAUGUGCAGCCUAUUAACCAAGGGCCAUCAGGAACCCCUUUGUCUUGGAGAUUAAGGGCGAAACCAAUUCCGACUUGGUUUAAGCAACCAAAUGACAUGAAGGAGUAUGAUGGAAGCUCGGAUCCCAAGGAGUUUGUGACGGUAUUCCGGGCAGCGAUGUCGCUAUGUGGAGAGUCAGAUUCUUUGUUAUGUCGAAAAUUUCCUGUUUUUCUGAGAAAACAAGCACUAGAAUGGUUUACGUCUUUACCAGAUAAUUUAAUUGAUAGUUGGGCGGAACUGUCCAUUCGGUUUACACAACAAUUUGCCCAUUGUGGAUCUCAGCCUAAAACCAUGCAUAAUUUAUGCGGAAUAAGGCAAAAGCCCGGGGAGAAGUUGAGAGAAUAUUAUGAAUGCUUUCAAGCAGAAGCUAGGCAAGUCAAGGGGCUAGAGAAUCAGACGUACCUGUUGUUAUUUACUAAUGGAUUACAACCUGGAGGUAUGGCAAACUCGUUAGCAAAGAAGUGUCCGGCUACGAAAAAAGAGCUUUUAGAAAGAAUCCGGAAGUACAUUGAUUUAGAGGAGUUUAAAUCCUCUCAAAAGAAAAUUGAACAAGGUUUCAAGAAGCAACGCAUAAUGGGAGGCUUGAUAGACCCGCAGGAAGAAGGCAGUUUGAAGAAAGGCGGUCGCGGUUGGUCGGAGAAAGAUUUAGAGAAGCAUACAGGAAGGAGUUUACACCGUUGA